AAGUAAAGUCAGUGUGUGUGUUUAUUUUCUUUGCUUUGCUUUUCUUGCUGGUUUCAUAGGUGUUAAUGGUGUUGGUGGUGAUUGGUGACUGCCAGCCAAUACUUUUUAUAUAAACUUCGUACUAUCCCAACUCCAAAACUAUAUUUUUAUUUUAUUUAUUCUCUCAGAACUCUCUCACAUUAUAAAAGACUCAUCUCACAAACCCUCACUCUUCUUCUUCUGCUCUGUUUUGCUCUGCACCACAAAAGUUGGAAGUAGAAGAAAGCAAAAGCAGAGAUAGAAAUGAAGAAGGGAAGCUUAAUCCCUGACCUCAAGCUUUCUCUCCCUCCUCCUGAUGAGAUUUCCUUCUCCAAGUUCCUGACUCAAAGCGGAACGUUUAUGGUUGACGAUCUACUGGUGAAUAGAGAUGGGGUUCGAAUUGUUACUCAAAGCGAAGUUGAAGCUCCACCCCCUAUCAAGCCAUCAGACGACCAGUUGAGUUUAGAAGAUCUAGACACAAUUAAAGUCAUCGGAAAAGGAAAUGGAGGAAUUGUGCAAUUGGUGCAACACAAAUGGACUGGCCAGUUUUUUGCAUUGAAGGUAAUUCAAAUGAAUAUUGAGGAGUCUUAUCGCAAGCUAAUUGCUCAGGAGUUGAAAAUAAAUCAGUCAGCACAAUGUCCGUAUGUUGUUGUCUGUUACCAGUCUUUCUAUAAUAAUGGUGUCAUUUCAAUCAUAUUAGAGUACAUGGAUGGUGGAUCUCUAUUAGAUUUCUUGAAAAAGGUCAGAACAAUUCCAGAGCCAUAUCUUGCUGCCAUCUGUAAGCAGGUGCUGAAGGGUUUGCUGUAUCUUCAUCAUGAAAAACACAUUAUCCACAGGGAUUUAAAACCUUCUAAUUUGUUGAUAAAUCAUAGAGGGGAGGUCAAGAUUACUGACUUUGGUGUGAGUGCAAUAAUGGACAGCACUUCUGGCCAGGCUAAUACUUUUCUUGGCACAUACAACUAUAUGUCUCCAGAGAGAAUUGUUGGAGGCAAAUAUAACACCAAAAGUGACAUUUGGAGCUUGGGAUUAGUAUUGCUUGAGUGCGCAACAGGCCAGUUUCCAUAUUCACCAUCAGAGCAGAGUGAAGGAUGGGCUAACUUCUAUGAGCUCAUGGAAGCUAUUGUCGAGAAACCGCCACCUUCUGCACCUUCUGAUCACUUUUCUCAAGAAUUCAGCUCAUUUAUUUCUGCAUGUGUACAGAAAGAACCAAAAGAUAGACCGUCAGCACAUGAACUUAUGACCCACCCUUUCAUUGCCCUGUAUGAAGACUUGGACAUCGAUCUCUCAUCUUACUUCACCAGUGCGGGAUCUCCACUUGCAACCCUAUAAAACUUGUAUGCUUGCCAGAAGUUUUGAAGACAUGGUGAAUGAUUUUUAGUAUUCAGUGCAACUGAAAUAAAGUGGUUUCUUGAGCUUAUGCCGGCAAGCACUAAGGUAGAUCUUUAAAGAUUGGCGGUCAGGGUGUCUCAUCCAGAAGAGUCGGAAUCUGAAGAGAAAAUGUAUCAUAAGGUUGGGUUUUAUGUUGUCAAGGAAAGGCGGCGUAUGUGCAAUGAUACAAGGAAUAGGACUUAUUGUUAAACCUAUAGAAAUAAUAAUUGUAUGAAAUUAUCCUUGAGGAACCUGCCAAGAUUUGUUUAGUUGCCUGCCUAGAGUUGCAAAUGCAUCAGACUUAGUGUUUGAAUAUUGCAAUUUUAA